AUGUUCUUUCCCACCAUCCUCGCCCUUCUCGCAUCUUAUGCUAGCGCACAAUAUGUUAUCCCAAUACCGAUAGCAACAGAUGACGGAAACAAAGGACACUUCUCAGCCAAAGCUGCCGGAAUCGUCUUUGGCUGUAUCUUUGGGUUAUUGUUCUUGGGGUGCUUCUGCGAUUGCAUUUGGACGAAGCGGAGGAUUCGAAGGGAGGCUCGGAGGCGGCGCGAUUUAGAGGAGGUUGUGGGGGUUCCAGAGGCUGCUGUGCUGACGCAGAGCGUGAAUGAAGGCCGUAAGGAGAGCGAGGCUGCAGAUCGUAAGGACGGCAUGUCCAUCAUGACUAUCAGUCCUCCUCCUCCAGCAUACACCUCAAGUAAUCACGGAAAUUUUGGCCCUUUGAUAUAA